CUACCAUUGGUGGUCAGUGAAAAAAAUGGUCUAUAAACUGGGGGUCAGUGGGAAGAAUGCUUUUUAUAUUGGUGGUCAGUGGGAGGAAUGCUACUUUCAUUGGUCGUCAGAGGGAAGAAUAAACCUUACACUGUGGAUCAGUGGGAAGAAUGUCCCUUACAUUGGUGAUCAGUGGGAAGAAUGUCCCUCACAUUGGUGAUCAGUGGGAAGAAUGUUCCUUACAUUGGUGAUCAGUGGGAAGAAUGUCCCUCACAUUGGUGAUCAGUGGGAAGAAUGUUCCUUACAUUGGUGGGCAGUGGGAAGAAUGUUCCUUACAUUGGUGGGCAGUGGGAAGAAUGUUCCUUACAUUGGUGGGCAGUGGGAAGAAUGCUCCUUACAUUG